UAACUUGGGACCUGUGAGCUGACAAAUGCUCUGGCUCCGGUGGUGACAGGUUGUCCAGCUUCUUACAGCCAUCUUCACUGAAACUAAGGUUAACUCCUCACUCUCUAUGGACGGCUACUCUCUACUUCCAAGGGCGUGAAGAAUUUUCCUAUUCUCCUGUGCUUUCAUCUGAAAGUUCUCCUUGGAAAAUAAUCAUCGCGGUGGAGUGCCUGGGUUGGACAUCCCCAUCUGGGUCAACUAAAAAAAGAAAGCAUGCAAGACGACAGCAUAGAAGCUUCUACUUCCAUAUCUCAACUUCUAAGAGAAAGCUAUUUAGCUGAAACCAGACAUCGGGGAAACAACGAGAGGAGUCGAGCAGAACCUUCCUCUAACCCUUUCCAUUUCGGCAGUCCCUCUGGGGCUGCUGAAGGAGCAGGAGGCCAAGAUGACCUUCCAGAUCUUUCAGCCUUUCUGAGCCAAGAAGAAUUGGAUGAAAGUGUCAAUUUGGCAAGAUUGGCAAUCAAUCAUGAUCCUUUGGAGAAAACAGAUGAAGCCCAAGCUAGAAAACGUUUAGCUUCUGAUCAGAUGAAACACUCACCUAAAUCAAGUUUUGAGCCUAACUUCUGUCAGGAUAACACUCAAAGUCCUACCAGCUCUAAAGAGGACCCCCAGGAGGCAAAAAGGCUACAAUAUAGUUCUGAAACCCAGUCCAAAAAAGUAUUCCUAAAUAAGGCAGCCGAUUUCAUUGAGGAACUUUCCUCCCUUUUCAAGGCCCAUAGCUCCAAGAGGAUUAGACCUCGUGCCUGCAAAAACCACAAGAGUAAACUGGAAUCUCAGAACAAAGUUAUGCAGGAAAACAGUCCCAGUUUCUCAGAUCUGUCAGAAAGACGAGAAAGAUCUUCUGUUCCCAUCCCUAUCCCUACAGAUACCAGGGAUAAUGAAGUGAAUCAUGCCCUUGAACAACAGGAAGCCAAGAGGCGUGAAGCUGAGCAGGCUGCUAGUGAGGCAUCUGGUGGAGACACCACCCCAGGGUCUUCGCCUUCAUCUUUGUACUAUGAAGAACCUCUGGGUCAACCUCCCCGGUUCACUCAAAAGUUACGAAGCAGAGAAGUUCCCGAAGGAUCCCGAGUACAGUUGGAUUGCAUAGUGGUAGGAAUUCCACCUCCUCAAGUAAGGUGGUACUGUGAAGGCAAGGAGCUUGAAAAUUCUCCAGACAUUCACAUCGUCCAGGAAGGAAAUCUGCAUUCGCUAACCAUUGCUGAAGCCUUUGAAGAGGACACAGGACGCUAUUCCUGCUUCGCUUCCAACAUCUAUGGGACAGAUUCAACUUCUGCUGAAAUUUAUAUAGAAGGAGUUUCUUCUUCUGAUUCAGAAGGGGACCCUAACAAGGAAGAGAUGAAUCGAAUCCAGAAGCCAAAUGAGGUGUCAUUACCUCCUACUACCUCUGCUGCCAUUCCUCCAGCAGUGCCCCAAGCCCAGCAUUUGGUGACCCAGCCCAGAGUGUCAACCAUCCAGCAGUGUCAGAGCCCUACCAACUAUUUGCAAGGAUUGGAUGGAAAACCUAUAAUUGCAGCUCCUGUGUUUACAAAGAUGCUACAAAAUUUGUCAGCCUCUGAGGGUCAGCUGGUUGUCUUUGAAUGCAGAGUAAAAGGAGCUCCAUCCCCUAAAGUUGAGUGGUACAGAGAAGGGACCUUGAUAGAAGAUUCUCCAGAUUUUAGGAUUCUACAGAAAAAACCUCGAUCCAUGGCAGAACCAGAGGAGAUUUGCACUUUGGUCAUCGCUGAAGUGUUUGCAGAAGACUCUGGCUGCUUCACAUGUACAGCAAGCAAUAAGUAUGGCACAGUGUCAAGCAUUGCACAGCUGGAUGUGAGAGGAAAUGAAGACCUCAGCAAUAAUGGGUCUCUUCACCCUGCCAGCUCCACCACCAACCUGGCUGUUCUUGAUCAACAGCCAUCCCCACCCAACCCAGAGCCUCCUUCUGUGGAACAGGCCCCCAAACCCAAACUAGAAGGGGUUCUGGUGAACCAUAAUGAGCCCCGAUCCAGCUCCAGGAUUGGGCUCCGUGUGCACUUCAACCUGCCUGAAGAUGACAAAGGAAGCGAAGCAUCCUCUGAAGCUGGAGUUGCAACCACCAACCAGACCAGGCCCAAUUCCUUCCCGGAGAGGUUCAACGGACAGGCCACAAAAAUCCCAGAGCCUUCCUCACCCGUCAAAGAGCCCCCUCCAGUUCUGGCCAAACCCAAACUUGAUUCCACUCAGUUACAACAACUUCAUAACCAAGUCCUACUAGAACAACAACAUUUGCAAAACCCAUCUCCUUCAUCGCCUAAAGAGUUUCCUUUCAACAUGAGUGCUUUGAACUCCGUGGCUCCCCCGGCAGUGACCACCUUCAGCAAGCAGGCGAAGGCCCCUCCAUCACAGACAUUCAGCUUGGCCCGGCCGAAGCAUUUCUUCCCCUCUUCGAGUACCACAGCAGCCACUAUGUCCCCAUCCAGCUCUCCAGUGUUCACCUUGAGCAGCACUUCCCAACCCAUUCAGAGGACAGUGAGCAAAGAAAGCCUCUUACUUUCUCACCCCUCUGUGCAAACCAAAUCGCCAGGCGCCAUUUCCAUCUCAAAUGAGCCACCCCCUCCAGGUCCAGCAGAGCCAGCAGCACCACCACUUGUGUUUUCCAUCCCUAGUGGAAACCAGUUUCAGCCCCACUGUGUGUCACCAACUCCUGUCUCUCCCACCAACCGGAUUCAGAACCCAGUGGCUUUCCUCAGCUCUGUUUUGCCAUCUCUCCCUAUCAUCCCUCCCACCAAUGCCAUGGGACUACCUAAAAGUGCACCAUCCACGCCCUCCCAGGGAUUAAUGAAAAAAAAUACAAAGUCUCCUCAACCAAUGAGUGAUGAUUACAUUCGUGAAGCUAAGAAUGCAGUGAUUCUAGACUUGGGGAAAAAAAUGAGUUUCAGCGAUGUCAGAUCAAACCAGCAGGAGUACAAAAUUUCAAGCUUUGAACAAAGGCUGAUGAAUGAAAUAGAGUUUCGCUUGGAACGUACACCUGUAGACGAAUCAGACGAUGAAAUCCAACACGACGAGAUCCCCACGGGCAAGUGUAUUGCUCCCAUCUUUGACAAAAGACUCAAGCACUUCCGGGUUACAGAAGGCUCUCCAGUCACAUUCACCUGCAAAAUUGUUGGCAUACCUGUUCCAAAGGUUUACUGGUUCAAAGAUGGGAAGCAGAUUUCUAAGAGAAAUGAGCACUGCAAAAUGAGGCGAGAAGGAGAUGGGACAUGUUCUCUGCACAUUGAAUCCACCACCAGUGAUGACGAUGGCAACUACACCAUCAUGGCAGCCAACCCCCAGGGGAGAAUCAGCUGUUCUGGCCACUUGAUGGUACAGAGUUUGCCCAUUCGAAGUCGGCUAACCCCUGCCGGCCAGUCUCACAGGGGAAGGUCCCGAGUGCAAGAAAGAGACAAAGAGCCUCUACAGGAACGCUUUUUCCGACCACAUUUUCUGCAGGCUCCUGGGGAUAUGGUAGCUCACGAGGGGCGCCUCUGUCGGCUGGACUGUAAGGUGAGUGGCUUACCGCCCCCAGAGCUGACGUGGCUGCUCAAUGGCCAACCUGUGCUACCAGAUGCCUCCCACAAGAUGCUGGUCAGGGAGACGGGAAUCCACUCUCUGCUCAUUGACCCACUCACCCAGCGGGAUGCGGGGACCUAUACGUGUGUGGCUACCAACAAAACUGGGCAGAAUUCUUUUAGUCUGGAGCUCACUGUAGUAGCAAAAGAAGUGAAGAAAGCACCUGUGAUCCUGGAGAAACUGCAAAAUAGUGGCGUUCCCGAGGGCCACCCAGUGAGACUGGAGUGCCGCGUGAUAGGCAUGCCCCCACCCGUGUUUUACUGGAAGAAAGACAAUGAGACCAUCCCUUCCACCAGAGAGAGGAUCAGCAUGCACCAGGACACAACAGGAUAUGUCUGCCUCCUCAUUCAGCCAGCCAAGAAAUCAGAUGCUGGAUGGUACACACUGUCAGCCAAAAAUGAAGCUGGCAUAGUGUCGUGCACUGCUAGGUUGGAUAUAUACGCUCAGUGGCACCAGCAGAUCCCAGCACCCAUGUCUAUCCGGCCCAGUGGCAGUCGCUACGGAUCUCUCACCAGUAAAGGACUUGACAUUUUUUCUGCCUUUUCCUCCAUGGAAAGCACAAUGGUGUAUUCAUGCUCUUCUCGGAGUGUAGUGGAAAGUGAUGAACUUUAAGGAUGUCUGGGUGCCUGCUGUGUAAGGGGGCAGACUGUGGAGGGGGAAGUAAGGGCCAGUCACAGCAGUUUCUAAGCAUCAGGAUUUGAGUGAGUACCCAUGCUGUUGGACCUGGUAAGAAGUGCUUUGAAUAAGUUGGCUGGGGACUCUUGCAGUCUCAGAUGAGGGGGUCGGGGGAGCUGUGGGGCUAUGCCUUUUAAAGAUUCCAGCAAAAAAGUGAGCAAUAGAGAUGAACCAAAGAUGUCAUACUGCAGCCAUCUACUACUUUGGGGAAAGGCUAGCAUGCUCCCUGUCCCCAUUAUGUUAGGAAUGUUUAAGUCCUACUAGGAGAAAUUAGGGGCCAUAUGCCUGGGCUGAGAGGAGUUACACAGUAGUGACCUUAGAAUAUAACUAAUUCAUCCAGCAAUCAAAAAAGUGGGGAAGUUGCUGUCACCUUUCAUUAGUUACAUUCAUAGCAGUCGUUUUGAUGAACUCAUUAAAUCACUUAGCAUUAGGAGAUCAUAUCAUACAAAUCUCACAUGUGGUGAAACACUUUUGAUUUGCAUAUCCUGGGUGUACAUGAGCCAUAUAAUAAGGUGCCAAAAGGUGCUUGAGACAUGAAAAAAAAAUUCACCUGAACACUCAGUGUUGCACUGUGCAUUUAUUCUGUGGCCAAAACAGGAACCCACAAGCCUGCCUGCACCAUUUGGUUUGAAAUGGUGAUUGAUUUUUCUUCUUUCUGACUUUGCAUCUCUAGACUCUGAAACUAAAAGGUUGUUAAUAAACCAAUCAAGGGGGAAAAAAAGUCUUCUGCAGGGUCACUUUAAAAACUACAAGCUUUAGUUACCACUUGCAAAAUGUGCAAGAGUCAUCUUCAUCAUUUGCUUGUAAAAUAGCACACAGUAUGUUCCUACUCCCUCCCAAAAGUCUGGAAGUGUCGAAGGCAAUAAGGAAGAAAGAGAUGCAGACAAGAAAAGAAGUGUUGGGAGAGUGCUGGCUUUCCAUUUACAGUAGCCGAGACGUGGUUGUGGAAAGAGAGAUCUUUAAUAGCUGUGAGCUGCUUUGAGAUCGUUGAUCAAAUGGCAUUUUCUACAUAGAAAAUAUUACACUAACCAGGAAAGUGGAGGGAAAGGGGAAUUUGCAUCUUUAUUCUAAUCCACCUAUUCAAAAUUUGCCUCUCAAUUUAAGGAAUUUUUAGACUUAAGAUCCCAGUGAUAUCCCUAGUGCCUAGAAAAGUACCUAGCCCAAAGUAGACAUGCAACAAAUACUUGCUGGAUGAGUAAAUCUGUUAGACACAGGAGUCUACAAUCUACAGCAGUCCAAAAACUGCCCAAGGAAUGGUCAUCACAGCACAUUUUCCACUGAUUCCCUUUGCUCAAAUCUCUGGUGUUCUCUAUGUCAGGCCCCCUCUGCGGGCAUCUUAUUUAAGUGAGUUAGAGAUAGUAAUUGCUUAGAAAGGCUUGAAACUUUCUUUGCUCCAAGGCAAGAAAUUUCCAGAAUAAAAAUAAAUUCAUUCACUCAAAAAAAUCCUUUGUGUGUCUACUCUAUAUAAGAUACCAUGGUAGAUACUGUGGGAGAUGCAAACAAAUGAAUAAGACAGUCCUGCCCUCAGAGACCCUGUGAUCUAGUAGGAGGGGCAAUGUUUAAGGCAUGUGCAAUGGAUGUUUCCUGAGGCAAAGAUCUAUUCUUUAGCAAACAAAAGUUUCUAGUUCUCUUCAUCCUAUUUUUUCACAACUUUUAAAAUCUCUUAUUUUUCAGUCUCGAUUUCUUAAUUUUAAAAAUGCCAUAAGCUGCAUCUGUAAGAAAUGAAGAUUUCAGUCAACUAUGUUCAGCAGAACUAUUAGGUUUUUGUUUCCUUUUUUAUUUAUGCAGUAAUAGUAGUAAAAUAUAGGCAACUUUAAUGGAAUAGAAUGCAUCUUGUAUAUCCUAUAAAAUGUUUCUGUAUUGGCUUCUAUUAUGAAAUACCAUAACCAAGAAGUACUUUCUGAUUCAGAGAUUGCUUCUAGAUUGUACACCUGAUAUCCUUAUUGCAUACACCUUUGUAAGCCCUAGACAUUCUCCCAUGGGGGGCAGAUAUUCAUCUCUAUAUGUCUUAGCUUUCUGAAUUAUUUAUUAACCCGUCUCCUUUGAUUGUGUUCAAGAGAACUAGGAUAAGUCUCGUAAUUGGCCACUAGGUGGCGCUGCCUCACUCAAAAUAUAACGAACCUAAAAAUUCCUGAAAUUUGAACUAUUGAAUUAUAUUAAAUUAGGCUUUCUCAACCUGGGUAGUAUUGACCUUGGGGGCCUGAUAAUUCGUUGUGGAGGGGGACUGAGUGUGGAUUGGAGGAUACUUAGUAGCAUCCCUAACUUCUAUCCUAGGUGCCUUAGCAACCCCAACCGGCUCUGUUUUUGUUGAGAACCAGUGUGCUGAACACAUCAGUGCCCUGCUUUCAUAAUUCUAUCAGAAUUCAAUGACAAUGCAAGUGUUUGCUUUCACAACAUAACCAAAAUCAGAUUCAUUAUCUUCCCUUUCAUAAACCAUUCCUCAACCAAACUUAAUGAUUUCUAGUCCUAAUGGCACCAUCACGUUCCUCACAAUCAGAAUAAGAAACAUUCAAGUUUUUUUCUUACUUUUUCCAAUCAAGCAAGAAAUUCUAUUCAUCCUAAUUUAUUAUUCCUCUUAUUUUCAGGCUUUCCUUUCCAUUCCCCUACAGUCACCCAGUUCCAACUUUCAUUACUAUCUUAAUUUCCCUCAAUAUUUCUUGGCUCUAAUACUGUGACUUCUUCCUACUCAAAUCCAACCCAGACCCCAACAUCACCUCAUUCUCCCCAAAGUCCUGCUCUACUGACAUUAUUCCCUAAUUUUCAAAUCCCCAGUGGCUACCUGGAGCCAACUCAGGUAGGUACCAGCUGUUCUGUUUCGGGGUAUUCAAGCUUACCCCAUCACCACUCAGAAAAAACACACAGCACUGUGGCAACACCACAAAAGCCCUUGCCUUCCAUCCACAUGCCUCUCUCCGACCUUUACCUGGAGGCUGUCUCCACCUCUGGAAAUCCUACCUGAUCCUAUAAAGUUCAUCCGAAAUGCCACUUCCUCUGUGAAAUAUUUUCUGAUUCCCCAUGCCCCAAUCAAACAGAAUAAUUUCUUUGAAAAUUUCAUGGGUCCGGAGGAAGAGAUUACUUUUUACAGUGUUUUCUACAGAGCAUAGACUCUAGACACCUGCUGCUCUCUCCCCUGACCCUAGCCCACUCUUGUUUGCUUGUGCUAGAUUGUAGUUACUCAUUGAUAUGGACUGUGUCAGAAGUUUGCCUUUGUGCCUUAUAUGGAGUAGGCACUCGAUAAAUGUUGACUGACCUAAAUCAAAUUUAAAAUUCAAUGAAAGUCAGUAUGUUUCUACAUAUAGUGAUUUACGCAGUGAUUUUAACCAUGGCUGCACAAUUAGAAUCUCCUGUUGUGCUUUUAAAAAAUCCCCACACUCCAAUUUAUUAAGUCAUAAGCUCUGGGAUUGUGACACAAUCUCAGUUUAUAAAGCUAAUCAAUCCCAGUUGAUUCCAAUGAGCAGUCAAGGUUGAGGAGCAUCAUCUUAUUCCCAUGAUUUAGUCUCAGAAACACCCAAAGAAAUAUAGAUAGCAUAAAGUUAUAGGAUUGAUAUUCGUGCAGAAUAUACUGUGCCCUGGUUGCACAUGCAGUGUGUGCCUGGAACAUAGAAAUAAGUACAUAUGUUGGGUGUGGAGCUGCAUGGCUGGAAUCCUAACAGCUUGGGAGGCUGAGGCAGGAGGAUCUCAAGUUCGAAGCCAGCCUCAGCAACUUAGCAACUCAGCAAGACCCUGACUCUAAAUGAAAUAUAAAAAGGGCUGGGGAAAUGGCUCAGUGGUUAAGGCCCCCUGGAUUUAAUCCCUGGUACCUCCCCUCCAAAAAAGUUCAUCAUAUUAGACCCUAAUAUUUUGUGCUUCCCUCAUUAGACAUGCAGCACUCAUGAAGCCCUCAGAGGAAGUUCAAAAUUAGGCCAGGGAAAAAGGGAAAGUUGGGGCAAUUUCACCUAGCCAUUUGUUUCAAAAUGCCACACAAUUCCAUAUGCACCUUUCUCUGCAAGCAACUGAAGAGCUCUUUAUUCCUUGGUUAGUCAUGGAAAUGGGAAUCAAAGGGAAAUAGAAAAAGAAUCAGAAUUCCAAAUAGUGAAAUUGGUUUAAAUGCAUCCUUCUCUUUUUAUCCUUCACUUAACUUUUGUAGGCAUCCAGGGAGAAAUGAAAUAGUCAAGAGACAAGUAGUGGGUAAACCUAGGGCUCUGGAUGACACAUACCAUUCCCAGAGAAGUCAAAAGUCAACUCUUGGCCAGGUGUGGUGGUGCACUCCUGUAAUCUCUGUGGCUCUCGAGGCUGAGACAAGAAAAUUGCAAGUUCAAAGAGCUAGCUUAAACUAAGUGAGAUCCUGUCUCUAAGUAAAAUACAAAAUAGGUCUGGGGAUGUGGCUCAGUGGCUGAGCGCCCCUGAGUUCAGUCCUCAGUACCAAAAAAAAAAAAAAAAAAGACAACUUUUGUAGGGACAGUUCCAUUUAGAUAAUCCUCAAACAAUUAGUAGGUUGCCCUCCAAAUAUUUACUUGAAUUUUGGUUGUUCAAAACUCAUAUUUCCCUACAUACAUAUCACCCAGUGCUAGAUUUCCAAGUGAAUCCAGAAAAGUCCAUUCAUGACUGAAUUAUAAUAACAUGACUGAAUCUAUAAUAAUAGAUUUGGUUUAUGCACCCAAGCACUGAGAUCCAGGCAAAGCAGCCAGUAAGAGAAAAAAGACUUUUUCCUUCUUUUUAGUGUCUGUGAUGUGUCAAAACUAAAGAGUGUUCAUGGUCCUUUCUGCAUCUAGCCCUCAUUCUGUGUUUUCCUCCCCAGGGCCCUUGUACCUCUCAUUCUAUGAUCCCUGCUGCUAUAACCAUCCCCUCACUCCUUGCCAAAGUCUGCCAGCGUAUUUGCUGCUCCACAAUGACCUAAGUCCAGCUCCAUGUAUCUAGCUAGGUCUGGUGUUUGGAAAAAAAAAGUCAUCCAACUAAAUAGGUUCUGGAAUGCUUGAGAGUCUUUUACUUGACAGAGGUGCUGCAUUUUUUGAAGAAGUUAUUUUCUCACUCCCAUGAACUUUUAAUAGAAAUUAAUAGAAUUGCUGGCAGAGCUUUUAAAGAAUCAGGCUGUAAGGGGAGAGAUAGGAAACGAAGUCAGAUCCUAAAUUGUUCUUGCUAAUGACAGUCUCUUCCCAUCUCCCUUUUCCCACACAUCCUCCCAAAGUAUCUCCCAAGCUGGGAUCUUCAGUCUGUUUACAUAUGGGCUUUUUAUAAGUUGGUGGCAAACAAAGCUGCCAGGAGAAAUAGCAUAAGUAAAUAUAGUCCUAAUGGCCUUUUUUUAAGGUCCCUUGCAGGGUACUUGGGUAACCGGAACUUAAAAGUAUUUCCAAGAAUGAUUGAGCUGAAAAUCAAUGUGCCUUACCAGUAAGAUGAACCGUUACCUAGAUUUUGAUAGAGCUUGUUGAAGUAAUUCCCACCACUAAUGGCCUUUUCUUGUUUUAAGUGGAUUAAUAUUUAAAGAGUUAAUUACUAAGGCACUGUUUGAAGAAUGCCAAGCAUUUUUUAAACUUUGAUGAUGCAAUAGUCAUCAGUAUACUUUAAAAGUUGCUAAUAUCGUGUUUUUAAAAAAUCUGUGUAGUGCAAAAAAAAUUGCAUAUUGGUUAAAAAUAUGUGCACCUCUUAUUUCUGUCUAAUUAUAUUAGUUAGCACACUUAGUAUUACAGAACCAUGAACAAGCUGCUUUUUUUAAUGUGUAAAUAAUAACCACUUCAAACUCCGAAGAGCAAUAGCCUUGAAAUUGCAAGAAAUAGAGAAAGACCACACUUUCCAAUCCUCUGAGAAUUGUGCCAUAACUACCGAGAGUAAGCAAAAAAAAAAAAAAAAAGCCUCCUGUGUAAGAGGCAUAUAAACACUAAUUUGCUAGAAGAUUUUAACAUAGAAAAUGUUUCCCUAAUAAGAAAAAUUAAAAUACCUCAAUAUUAUUGAAUGAUAAAUAUAUUAAGGCUGAAAUGAAUGGACAUUUUUCUUUAAAAUGUAGGAAAUAGUUCUAGUUUACAGAUUACUUUUCAACAAUAACUAAACCAAUUUUUGAGUGUACAGAUUUAUUUGGCAGGAAAGCGAUUUUUUCUCUUAAUUAUCCCUAUCAAAAUAUAUAAAUUACUACAUGAGUUAUAACCUCUAACAACUCUACAGUAAAAGAAAGAUAAUGUUGUUUUGGUCUUCCUAAAAUAUUAAGCACAUGAAGAAGACAUCUCAUAGAAUGUUACUCAAUUCUCUAAGAUAAACAUUCAUUCUUAAAUGCUUUCUAAUUGAAACAGAAACACAAAAAAAAAAUGGGAUUUAAAGAUGGGGAUAGUUUGACCAGUUUAGACUGGAAAUGGAGACAUGUGUAUAGUUGUAUUACAAUAAAAAGUGUUUGAUAACUACAAGAAACAUACAUUGUCUUCAUAUUUGAAGAUAAUGUUAUGAUGAUUAGAAUGAUAAAAGCCAAUUUCUCAAUAUUCAGAAAAUUUCAAAGAACUUGAUGUUUCUACAGAGAUUCAAUGAGUUAUCUGGAAACAAAAGACAGAUUCUGGUAAUUUUGCCACAAUUCGGGUGGAAGAAUCUGGUGAACUAAGUAUUCACAUUGGCUAAGUAGUCACUACAAAAGAUCACUGAAUGUGUAUGUGUACACGGUAUGGGAGGUUUUGCUGUAUAUUUUAAGGAGAGUAAAAAUCCUGAACGUAUUCAAAUGAAAAAACUUCUAGUGCAAUGGUAUUUUUUAACACAUUGGUAAAUUAAGUUUGAUCCUUUCAGCAUUUUGGCUUCAGAAAUACCUUAUCCUUUAUCCUUCUUUCUGCUUAAUUUUCACUUAUUUAUUUUUUUUUACAAACUUUGGCCUUGCUUCUUUGAUCAAAGAUUCUCCCUUCAUUUCUUCCCUGUAGAGAUAAAAAUUUGCAUAAUAGGAGCUCCUUAUUUCUAAGAAUUCUUAGGUGAAUUUUAAGGGGAACUUUCAUAAUUCGAAUGAAUUUCAGAUCCAUUCCCUAAUUUUACUAUAACUUUGGGUCUCUGUUUCUUUAACUGUAAGGUAAGCCAAACACUUGAGCCUUUCCCAGGAUGGCAGGUAGGAUAAGUAAAUACUUAUGAAGGGUUUACUUUAGAGACCCUCCAAUAAAAAGGGGUACCAGUGUUUUGUUUUUGUUUGUUUGGUGGGGUGCCCCUUCACUGAACCUCAUCCCCAAUCCUAUUUUUUUAAACAUUCAUUUUUUAGUUGUAGGUGGACAUAAUAUCUUUAUUUUAUCUUUAUGUCGUGCUGAGGUUUAGAACCUAAUGCCUCAUGUGUGCUAGGCAAGCACUCUACCACUGAGCCACAACCCCAGCCCUAUUUUGUAUUUUAUUUAGAGACAGGGUCUCACUGAGUUGCUUAGUGCCUCGAUUUUGCAGAGGCUGGCUUUGAACUCUAAAUCCUCCUGCCUCAGCCUCCCAAACCACUGGGAUUACAGGUGUGUGCCACCCCACCUUGUGGUAGCAGGUUUUUUUAUUCCAAGGAAAAUGUUAAAAAUAUUUUUCUCAGCCAGGCUAAUUAGAGUACACCUGUAAUCCCAGGCUGAGGGAGGAGGAUCUCAAGUUUGAGGCCAGGCUGGGCAAUUUAGUGAGAUCCUGUCAAAAAAAAAAAAAUCCAAAGUAAAUAGUUGAUCUGUUUUUAAAAUUCACAUUUCUUUCCUGCCUGCCCCUCAACAACUUUGCUUUUCCUUAGAAGAGUAACACAAAAUUGUGGACUUUCUUCUUCCAAGGUGGUAUGUAGUAUAAAAAUUAAAAUAAUAAUAAUAAAUUUUAAAAAUAGGUGCUGAGGUAGUGGCUCAGUGAUAGAGCCUGUGCUUCGCAUGCUCAAGGCCCUGGGUUCAAUCUCCAGCAACAAAAUAAAGAAAUAAAUCUGGAGGCAGAUCCAAUGAAUUUAAGAAAUAUCCUAUCUGCUUUUUGCAAACAGAUUCUAGGAGAUUUUGUGUGUGUGUGUGUGUGUGUGUACACCAGGGAUUGAACCCAGGGGUACUUAACCUCUGAGCCUCCUCCCCAGCCCUUUUUAUUUUUUAUUUUGAGACAGGGUCUCAUUAAGUUGCUCAAGGCCUCACUAAGUUGCUGAGGCUGGCUUUGAACUUGUGAUCUUCCUGCCUCAGCCUCCAGAGAUUACAUUGGGAUUACACCAUGUGCUACCGUGCCUGACUUCCAGGAGAAUUUAUUUGAGCUAGGCAGAAUGGCCUAGAAGAAUGCCCACUCCUGCUUCUGUGAUUGAAACAAGUAGAAAUGGUGAUUCCACAGGCAGAGCUAUAGUGAAGGAGAUACCACAGUCCCUUCUGGUUUAAGCAGCACAGGACUACUCCAUAAUACUGUUCCAAAUCCUAACCUUCAUGCUAACGUUCCAUGCCAGCCUGUCAGUGACUUAAUUCUGAAAUGAACUGACUUUAGAAAAACAGGUCGAUUUGAACCCUCCAAAAUGAGCAUACCUUUUGGUCUCUGCUUUUGCAUUCUCAGCUAUAUUAAUACAAACCCAUAAAAACUGACAAAUGGCAUAUGUGUACAUGCACACCCACACACAAAUACACAUUUCAAGUGAGGAGCCUUGUAGCACCCACAGCCGACUUAAUUCAAUCAGAAUCAGUGACACCUCUUACCACUUUUGCUUUCUCUCCUUGCCUAAGUUCUUUCCACUUGAAGACACACCAGGCCCUCCAAGGCUCAGAAAUAUGGUAUGCUUCCUUCCCAGGAAGCUUGAGUCAACUUAUUUUCUAAAGUACUUUUUUGGUUAUUGAAUUCUUAAUGGAAAAGCAACUCUGGUAGCAAUUUUGAAAGGUGUGGAUUGUAUAAGCUGUAUAUUUCGCCACUAUUACUAGUAAUGAAUCAACCUAGGCUUUUAUUCUUAUUCCUCUGCAUCACGCAUGUUAUGACAUUCUGUGGAACUGAAAAAUCAGCGAUCGUUUAAGCCAACAUGUUUGUGAGCACAAGUCGUGACCUUCCUCAGAAGGUAUAUGGUACUGUAUUCUGGUAGACCACGUCAUUUCUGUGACACCUGUUGCUUCCCCUCACCAUGCUUUCUUGAAGAUUUGCUGGGGUUGUGUCGUCUUAGGAAAUGUUGCAAUUAGAAGAAAAAUAAAAAAUCAUAUUUAAUUUAAUCUUGAUGUUUUAAAGGCAAUUUAGAGGAUGUGAUGGACUGUUUCUUUAUUCAUUAAAUAAAAUUUUAUUUAUUAUCAA